AUGUCGUCUGUGGUUAAAGGAGUCACCGGUGCUGCUAACGAAAAAGCACUGGUAACUCUAAUUAAUGAGACUGGUUAUAAAUUAGUACAAGAAAACGGACAACGAAAAUUCGGCGGUCCUCCCCCAGGAUGGGACGGUCACCCUCCUUCACGAGGAUGUGAAGUAUUCAUCGGAAAAAUACCUCGCGAUAUUUUUGAGGAUGAACUCAUUCCUGUGUUUCAAAAAAUUGGAAAAAUUUACGAGUUUCGAUUAAUGAUGGAUUUUAGUGGUAGCAAUAGGGGGUUUGCAUUUUGCACUUACUGUCACAGGGAGGAUGCAAAACGUGCCAUUAAAGAAUUGAACAAUUACGAAAUCAAGAAAGGAAGAUUCCUCGGCGUGUGCUCCAGUGUCGACAACUGCAGAUUGUUUGUAGGGGGAAUCCCCAAAACAAAAAUGAAGGAGGAAAUUAUGGUAGAAAUGUCCAAGAUAACAGACGGAGUUGUGGAUGUCAUUGUAUACCCAAGUGCCACGGAUAAAACAAAGAACAGGGGAUUUGCUUUCGUGGAGUAUGAAAAUCAUAGGGCGGCGGCCAUGGCAAGGAGAAAGUUGAUUCCCGGGCGGAUUCAGUUGUGGGGUCACAACAUUGCUGUAGACUGGGCAGAGCCAGAACAGGAAAUGGACGAGGACAUCAUGACAACG